GUUCCUAUCCACAGUACCCCACAUUGCACAAUAUGGAGGAACGAGUACGGCAAUAUCACGUUGAAGCGACAUCUUUUGUCUCAGCAGCAGUACUACCCCCAAAAGCUUUGAAGGCUAUGAAUGGACUACGUAAAUUCAUCCAUAAAAACCAAGACUAUCGUUUCUCGGACAAGGAAAAGGCAAAACUCUUUGGUGCAGUGGAAGCAUACUUUACGAUAUUCGAUAGAAACUCAGAUAGAACGAACACAAACGAAAGCGACGCCAACAAACCUACCUCCCUCCCUCUUAUCGAAGACGCCCUCAAAGUCCCCCUAUUCACCACCAAACAAAAGUCAACUAUGCUGAAAUGGUAUGACGAACUCCAUAAAGAAGAGGGUGGCCAUAACACACAGAGCCGUGAAACUGACGGAACCGCCCGACAUCCUUGGAGCGAAGAAGAUGAUUGGGGCAACCCCGAUGAGUGGGGAACAGAGGAGCAGAGUGAUGGGGACGGAAUUGAGAAGAAGGACACAGAAAAGGAGAUACCGCAGGUCCAACAAGAUUCGAAUACCAAGAUGAAACUAAAAAAUAAGAAGAGAUGACACUGUACUGCCUUUCUCUUUAUCCCUGGAUUGGUCGUUGUGAAUACAGCAUUAUCAGUGCAAACCUAGAUUCCACAACGCAGAGGGAUAAUGUAAAACAAAAUCCGGACAGUUGCUAUUGGGUUAGCAGCCACGACAAGGCAUAUGACUAACCACUUGCAGUAUAUUUCCUUGACUGUCAGCGUACCUUUACCAUGACUAAGGAACCAUCGCAAAUCUUCGAUGAAUCUCAUCAAGCAUGUGCUACAAGGUUUGUUUUGUUCUUCCUGUGCAUCAAAAGCUGGUAUACCAU